AGCGAACCAGAAGUAACAGAGCAGAGGGAGAGACCCACGAAAGAAAAACAUGGGGCGGAAGAACACAAUCCUCUUGGCAUUGAUCGCUGCUUUGUUCGCAAAGGAAGCCUUUGCAACUCAAUACGAUGUUGGUGGAAGCCAAGGUUGGGAUGAAUCCACAGAUUUUAACACAUGGUCCUCAGGAAAAACAUUCAAGGUCGGCGAUCAACUCGUUUUCAAGUACAGUUCUGGGUUGCAUAGUGUGGUUGAACUGGGAAGUGAGAGUGACUUCAAGAGCUGUGAUAUUAGCAAUCCAGUGAACUCCAUGAGCAGCGGGAACGAUGUCGUAAAAUUGAACAACGCAGGCACGAGGUACUUCGCUUGUGGUACCGCCGGCCACUGCGCACAAGGCAUGAAGGUGAAGAUUGCAACAGUUGCUGGGAAUGCCCCCUCCACGCCUUCUUCUUCUUCUUCUUCGUCGUCGUCGUCGUCGGCGUCUUCCCCUGCUUCUACUUCUGCAGCUUCAGCUUCACAAGGACUUACUGUUUACGUCAUGCUAAUUUUUGCAUUGUUAUUUGUAUUGAGGAUCUGAAGAGCGGAACUCUGCGUUUGAGGAGACAAAAUCGGGUUUUAAUUUUAGAGUCAUGAGUGUUAUGUAUGAUUAUCGAGAAUUGAGAGCAGAGUUAGAUAUAUAUUUCCUCUUGUUUUCUUGUGUAUUCCCUAGCUGAGUAAAAAGUUGUUGUGACUUGUGAGAUAA